AUGGGCAACACCACCUCGAGCACCAUUCCGAGCACGUCUCAUUCGGCAACAUUGACCUCACAGAGUUUGACCAAUACGAGCUCUCAUGUUACCAUCUCCAGCCCUCCUAUCACAACUCCAGUAAUUCCGAGCAGCCUACGGGAUUUCACGGUGGUGGCCACAGAUGACAACGGCAAUGUGUAUAGCGAGGUCUUCUCAGGAGGAGUACUGAUAUCGUCUACAUUGGUCUCGUCACUUCCCACGUCGGGCGCAGGUGGCCCCUGGACAUUCGGCUCAUCAGGGGUCUCGCUAGUGAGCAGAACAACUUCGAGUCUGCCAAUCUCUGUCGGCGCCGGCGGGCAUGCGACCCUCACAACGACCCUUAGAAGCUACACCGCAGUCUACGUACGGACUUGUGAGGGAGUGGCCGCUUUUGGUAGUGCAAGGUGUACAGCCCCAUGGGGUCUCCAAACCAUCACUUCUACUCCUGCUCCCAGGGAUGAGCUAACCUCUCACUGUGCCCACUGGACUGCGUUCACAACCACUACAAGCCCAGCGAAGGCCGGUGUGGUGAACUGUGCUACUCCUGUCAGUUUCAAAGCGUCAAGCGCGAUUCCAAGUCCAACAGUGUGGAUCCACGGCGUUGAAUUCUCGCCGUUCCAAAUGGAUUCAGGCCCAAUCCGGCAGUUUUGCCAGACUCUAAUUGCCGACAAUAUCGUUUUUUACGAAGGAUCUGAAUUCGCAAAUGAUGCGCCGGGUCUCGGCCGGGUAUCGGCGGGAGAAUGUGAGCUCUUCCACUCAACUGGAAACUCGAAAAUGGGCUACAAUCUGACACUUGCUGUUGCAUACGACGAAAAUGGGUGUCCAUCGGCGUCCAGCUCCCUCAGAAAGGGGAUUUCCAUGAAGAAAUAUGGCCUGAAAGACUGCGUGGCUUCCUUUUUGGAUAAGCUAGCUAACAAAUGUGAGGUCCCCGACUUUCGUGCACAAUCUUGA